AUGGACUACCAUGGAAUCCGUCAGACAGAGGUCGUGGUUAUAGAUUUGCCGUCCGAAAAACCGGAAGACGUGAAAAUAGAGAGCCAAUCUGAAAUACAGAUGCAGCCAGAGCACACGAUGGAUACAGAUACUGCAGGUGGUGAUGGACCGCUUGUCUUCGACUUUCUUUCUCUAUCAAAACUUGAACAGCGAUGUGGAGCAGAUGGAGGAAAGGUUGCUUACCGUCCUAUUGUAUCGACAAAUUACUUUGACUGCAAUCCGCUUGAUGCGGCCUCAGCUUUUGGUCUUCGUAACAGAAUGAUGCGUAAAGAUUUUUCUUCGGGAUUGGAUGACCAUCUUGCGGCUAUGCCAAUUUGGAUAAUCGCGAAUGCAAAAGAUCAACUAGGAACAACAUUCGUAGGAUGCCAACGCACCAACAACAAAAUCUCCACUUUCCACACUAGAUGUUUGGGUCGAUUUGGAGAAAGCUGUGAAAGUACCAUUAAGAUGCUUGAUAAUCGUUUCAAACAUGGUCUCGAAGCAAAAAGCAAGGCGCUCGCCUUAUAUAGUAUCUUAGGAAACAAUGUCUCUUCCACAUGGGGACCACGAAGAUGCCUUUCUAAGAUGACUCUAACAUUCAAAUGGGAUGCAAAGGUCGAGGGCUACCUGUGUGCACCGCCUCCAUCGGCGUCUGCAGUGUUUCACUUUGCGCCUGGAUGGAAAGACAAACGUGUCGCUCUAUUGGAGGCUACGGAACAGCUCGAGUUUUUGCUAUUGAUGGCAAAUGUUCUGGAUUCUGGUUCCACGAUGGUGUGGCCUCCUGGGAACGAGGGUAAUGUAGAUGGUUUGCUCGAGGAAGUAAGGCAACUUAUAGCGCGAUACCGUAUCCAGAAUGAUGACGCGGAGAGAACCCUUCACGGAACUAGACAUGUCGACUUCACUGAGCUUUUGUGGGAUAUAUUGAAAAAGUGUCCGGACUACAAAGCCUUAGUGGCUGACGUUCAUAUCCUAUUUCUAGCAGAAUCUGGAUAG